UUCGAACUCUCUCUCUACAAACUCCAUUUUCAAACCUUAUUUCUCCCAUAACUCAACCAAAACUCAACCAAAUUCCAUCAAAUCACCACCAAAACACUCCCCUCACUCCCCUCUACAAUCUCAUACCAAUCAAUCUCACCCUCUCUCCCUAUUCCCAAAACUCCGAAACCCUACCCCCAAAUCCCAAGUCCGAACCUAUACUCAAGAAUUACUCAAAAAUGGCACCAAAGAGGAACCAACCGGAGGGCUCUAACUCAAGGGGACCUAUUCGAGGCUACGAGGAUGUUCAAUUUGGCCCGGGGGAUCAUCGGAAGCGAUUUGUGACCGCUCUCAAAAGGCAAGUUAUCCCAUCUCGGUUCUUAUGCCAUGACGCUCUUACUUCUCUUGGUUUGUUAAAUGGUAUGAGAGAACUAUUUGAUGAAUUGCAUAUGGGCUUGAUUUUUAACUUGCAAUAUAAUUGUAAUGAAAGAAUCAUCUAUGAAUUUUUGAGCUCGGCCAAAUUUGCAUUGGAUGAAAAUCAUUUUUAUGAUGACACUAUCACGUUUCGGUUGAUGAAUACCGAAUACACUAUAACGAGACGUGAUUUUGCCGAACACUUUGGGCUCCGAUUCCCACAUGAAAGGGAGAUUCCGGACAACACCAUGGAUGCUUAUAAUCUUUGGGGUAAAAUAACCGGAGAACGGAAUUUUAGCACGUCUCAACUAUACAUUAGUCACGUGCAACAUCCCCUUCUCCGAAUUUUCCUCAAGUUUUUGUGCAACUCUUUACUUGGCCGCCCCAACAACCAUCACACUCGGAUAGGGGAUGUAGCCAUUCUCACUCUUGCUCUUUUCCGCAAUCCCGUUGAGUUCAACAUUUGCAACUUGAUUUGGGAUCAUCUACAAAAGGCUAUCACGAAAGGGGGGAACAUUGUUGUAGGGGGUGUUAUCAUGCAUUUGGCUUCCAAGUUUGGCUAUGUGGAUAAUGCCACAAUCUCUAGAGAUUCAUUGAUGCAUCUUGGGUGGUUAUCCAAUGCACAAUUGAUCUCUUUGGGUAACAAAGACCACAACGGAAACCAAAAAUAUAAAUGGCAUAUGAAGUACCCCGAACCGGUCAAAUACUUCCCCCUCCCUUGCGAUGAGUUACCUAGACUUAGGUAUAAGAUGGAACCCGCCCACAUCCCACAUUACCUCCUCCCCAAUAACAUUCCACCCCAUCUCCAAGCCCAAGCCGACCAAGCCGACCAAGCCGAACAACCCAAUCCCCAACCGGAACAACCCGCACACCAAGAGGACUAUGGACACUUCCAACAUGACAUCCCCGACCCUCCUCAAAAUCCGCCACCACAAGACUUUUUCCAACAACUCUUGGAGGGUCAACAAUCCCUCCUAGCCGGGUUCCAAACAAUGAGCCUUGAUUACACCAAAAUGGGAGAGCAAUUCACCCAACUUCAAGGAGAAAUAGGCCAUUACCGGAACGAGCAACAAGCACGAGACCGGCAAUUUGAUGCUUACCGGGAGGAGCAACGGUUGGCUUUUCAAAGGAUGGAGGAGCAAAGGGCGGCCGACAUGCAAAGGUAUGAAGAAGACUACCGGAGGAUGUAUGGGCCGACAUAUUCAUACAUGUCCCAACUUGGCGGGUUUGCCUCCAUGGCCUCACCUCCACCGGCACCUUCUUGGUACAACCCCUCCGAUUGGGGUAAUUUUGGCGGCUCGAGUUCCGGCGGUGGUGGUUAUGAUGGCGGGGACACUACCAUGGGCGAGGGAGGAGGUGAUGACAUGCAUGGGAGCGGUUUUGGCGGAGGCUACUAUGGUGGAGAGGGCGGGCACUAAGGAUAGUGCCAUGAUUCAAGUGUGGGGGAGAAAGAUCAUCUUUUGGACACUAUCUCUUGGAGAGGCAGAAGAAGAACAAAAGAAGAAGAAGAGAAAAAGAAGUAAGAGGCAUAGAAGACCAUUAAACCCAAAGAGAUGUUAUUUUGUAAACUCAUUUACAAUACUUGGUGGUUUUAAUUCCUUAUUUCUUCCAAAUUCUGAACUCAUGAUCUUUUGACAAACAUUUUGUAAACAUUUGGUUUUACUCGAGGUCGAGUAAAGGAACUAAGUGUGGGGGAGUUGACAUUCAUGUUAUUUCCAUGUUUAUAAUUGUGCUUUUGAUUAAGUUUUGAGUGAUUGUUACUCUAGAAAUUACACACUUUUGGUGUAAUAGUUUAGUUUGUAAAAUGUUUGUAAAUUGAUUAGAUUAGGUUGGUUCUGAGCUCAAACAGGUCCAAGACCACUCUAGGGACCAUUGGUGAACAUCACAAUUGGAAGGAAAGUGCAAAGAUUUCAAGAAAAG